CCCAUGCAUGCACAGGGAGAACAUACAAAUGCAGAAAGAACCCCGGCUGGGAGUCGAACCAAGGACCUUCUUGCUGCAAGGCAACAGUGCUACAAACUGCGUCACCGUGCAGCCCUUAUUAUAUAUCAUAAAUGUUACAUUAAUCACAUUACCAAGUCAAACAGGGACCCUUUGUUGAAAGUCCGGGUAAGAUCUAAGCUGACAGGUGACAUCAUCAAUGACCCUCUGCUCCAAUAGCAGAACUAUCACCAAACUGCGUCCUCGCCAAUAGGCGGAGUGCUUCCGAUCAGGAAAUCUUUUUAUAAAUCGUGCCGUUGUCAAAGGAAACGCGCGCUGCUGUUGUGUCCACAAACGGUAGAAACAUAAAAAAAACGUUUCUCUUUUAACCAAAAAACGUAGCCGUGAGCACCGAGUCUGAGAGGAGUGGCUCCACAGUCUUCUAGAAAUAUCUGCUGGUGAUUAAACUGUUCAGUGGAGAGCAGCUAUGGAGCUUCUUGUUCUGGUGUCUUUCUGCAUUCUGACGUUUACUGGAAAGUCGUUUGGUGAUGAAACCGGUCAUGUCAAGAUCAAAACAGAUCAGGAUGUCACCCUACCUUGUUAUUUUGGCAAAACACUUUUGGAUAAGCGCAUUAACUGGAAAAAAGAUGGCAAAGAUAUAUUUCUUUAUGAAAAUGGCCAAGUUAAACCUUCAAGUCAAAAUGGGCAGUGUAAAGUUCGGGUCUCUCAUUUUAAAGAUGAGCUGAAGUCUGGAAACGCCUCAAUAACUAUCAAACAAGCAAAGGUGUCAGACAGUGGAACUUAUAUCUGCUUGUUUUAUGAACAAGGUAGAAGUCUUCCAUCAGGACGUGUGGAAAUUAAGCUUACUGUUGAUCCUGUCAAUAUUACUGUGGACGUAUAUGAGGAUGUCAUCCUACCUUGUUCUUUUAACACAUCAUUCACAGAUAAGAGCUUUGACUGGAAAAAAGAUGGCAAGGACGUAUUUUUUUUUGAGAAUGGCAAAUUUAAACAUUUAAGUCAAGAUGAGCAGUUCAAAGGUCGGGUCUCUCAUUUUCUCGAUGAGUUAAAGUGUGGAAACGCCUCAAUAACUAUCAAGCAAGUAAACCUGUCAGACAGUGGAACUUACACCUGCUUGUAUAUAGAUGGUAAGGAGGAGGGACCCCGGCAAAUUAAUCUUACUGUUGAAUACAUCUUAAAGGACAGAUCAGGAGGAAAGAUAAAUGGUGCAUUUGCAAAACCAUCAGCCUUUAGGCUGCAUAUUAAUGGUGAAGGGGCACUGCUGAGGUGUGAAGUUCUUGGUGCUUCUCCUGAACCCACUGUAGUCUGGUAUGACAGUGAUGGAAACAAUGUUUCUGAUAGAGAACCAGAGGUCAGUGAAGAAGGUGACCUCUAUCACAUCAUCCUGGAGACCAAAGUGACCAAGACAGACAACUAUACCUGUGUAGCCACACAAAAUGAACUUUAUCAUCAGUCUAAUAAAACUACAUCUGUAAAUAUCAGAGGUCAUGUCAAGAUCAAAACAGAUCAGGAUGUCACCCUACCUUGUUAUUUUGGCAGAACACUUUUGGAUAAGCGCAUUAACUGGAAAAAAGAUGGCAAAGAUAUAUUUCUUUAUGAAAAUGGCCAAGUUAAACCUUCAAGUCAAAAUAGGCAGUGUAAAGUUCGGGUCUCUCAUUUUAAAGAUGAGCUGAAGUCUGGAAACGCCUCAAUAACUAUCAAACAAGCAAAGGUGUCAGACAGUGGAACUUAUAUCUGCUUGUUUUAUGAACGAGGUAGAAUUCUUCCAUCAGGACGUGUGGAAAUUAAGCUUACUGUUGAUAAAACCCCGAUUAUCAUCAAAGAAGACGAGAGUGUCAUCCUACCUUGUUCUUUUAACACAUCACUCACAGAUAAUCGCUUUGACUGGAAAAAAGAUGGCAAGGAAGUAUUUCUUUUUGAGAAUGGCAAAUUUAAACCUUCAAGUCAAGAUGAGCAGUUCAAAGGUCGGGUCUCUCAUUUUCCCGAUGAGUUAAAGUGUGGAAACGCCUCAAUAACUAUCAAGCAAGUAAAGAUGUCAGACAGUGGAACUUACACCUGCUUGUAUCUAGAUGGUAAGGAGGAGGGACCCCGGCAAAUGAAUCUUACUGUUGAACACAUCUUAAAGGACAGAUCAGGAGGAAAGAUAAAUGGUAAUGGUCUUCUUAUUGGAGGCCUCAUUGGAGGUAUCAUUGUCAUUGGAGUUCUCACAGCUGCUGUGGCCUUUCUGCUUUACAAGCGGCGCCGCAACAGAAACUCUUCAGGUAAGCAAGAUGACAAGACUAAUGGUGCUAACCAUCCCUUAACGAAUGACCCGAUGAGGAUGAAUUGA